GUCAACCAGCCACGAUGAGUGCGCAUCCUGGAAAAGCAAAAAGGCCACAAUACCAUCUUGUAUAAGAGCAUAUCUCCACCAUCCUGGUCGAAGCUUUUUCGUAGAUGAUGGUCUUUGCUUUCGUUUAUCUGUUCCCAGGAUCCGAGAGGCGAUCGACACAUCCUGCCUCUGCCAUAGCAUGAGCGGCCCGUAUGUCCCGCCGGGACAAUCCCCCCCUUUUCAAGUGGUAGAUGAUUUGCAUCAUGGAGCUUGGAUUAUCAUCACUGGGGCUUUGGGUUUGGUCGUAACUCUCGUUAGCUUCUUUAUCAGAUUGUAUGUGCGAAUUGCUCUCCAUCCGCCGUUUGCAUUUGAUGAUUAUCUUCUCCUUGGAGCGACGAUAGUAGCAACCGUGCAAGCAGCACUCCUCUUUAACGCUGUGUCACAUGGUUUCGGGACAUCAAUCCACCUUCUGGAACAGGAUCAGGUGGAUAAAAUCCAAACACUCAUCACAGUCAGCGACAUUCUCUACCUCAUUACCGUCUACAUCUCUAAAUGCUGCGUCUGCGGCAUCUACCUUCGUCUAACGCCCCAGAAAUGGCAUAACCGAGCCUCCAUAGCCACUCUCGCUCUAUGCACGGCAUGGGUCAUACCGGCCGUUUUCAUCAUCGCGGUGAACUGCGAAUUGAAUCGUCCCUGGAAGGGUUCCGGAGGGCAAUGUGUGAACCUGCCCAAACGCUGGCAAUUCAUCGUCGCAUUAGACAUAGCGACAGAAUUGAUCAUCUUCGGGCUAGCCGUGUUCCUACUCUGGGGACUAUUCAUGCCUCUCAAGCGCAAGCUGACCAUCGGAUUUGCGUUCAUGUUUCGGCUUCCCUUGAUAAUCUUCUCCGUCUUCCACAUCUACACCAUCCUACUCCUCGUCCACUCCCCCGAUCCCACACUAGCCGUCGUCACACCCAUCAUCUGGGCCCAGGUCGAACUCAACUACGCUCUCGUGGCAUGCAGUAUCUUCUGUCUGCGGCCGUUCAUGGCGGCAGUGAGCACUAAUUACGGAACGGCGGGUGAUUCAAAUCUCGAGAGUACGAGUGGAGUGUCGCGGUCGUGGAAGGUCGAUUCGUCUAAAGCGGGGUCUGGAAGACAGACUUAUAUGAAUCAUGAGGAGAGGAGAUCGUGGAGGGUAUCGAGGAGGUUGGAUGGUGGGCAUCAGGCAGGUCCUGUGGCUGAACCUGAUAUUGAGCUUGUUGAGAUGGAUGGGCAGCGCAGUGUUGGAAGUGAUGGUGGGAAUGCAAGGAUGAUGAUUCGGAAGGAUGUGGAGUAUACGAUUGAGUAUGAUAGGCAUCUUGAUUUGAGCAUGUCUGGUGCUAAUUGGAGGUAGUAGUGCUGGGCUACUACUACUAUCCUAUCGGUGAUGGACUAAUCUCGUGUUUGCAAAUGUAUAUAUUGUAUAGUAUAGCGCCUCUAUAUGAUUAGCGCUCUAAUAAAUGAAUAACUCCAUAGAAAAUACCAAUGACGCCUUCACAGACU